CACCCCUGCCUACAUUCUCGUCUUCUCUUUCUUCCCUCAUGUUAUCGUCGUCGCUGACCUUUGUCGACCUUCACAAUCCAGAUAUCGACGCCGACUAUCUUCGCGCCCACUCGUCGAUCACCGUCUCUUCACCCUCACCGAGCCCCAGUGCCUACCUCCGUCGUGCACCAACAGCUUCUCCGUUGCUCUCUCCUAUCGAACCGGAUUGGUCCCCGAAUUUCCGUUCAAAUAUCUCGCCAUCUACUAAUCUUUCAGAACCAAUUUCAGAAUCAGUAGUAUCCCUUAAUUCCCCAGCAUCUUCCAACUUUUCUGGUCAAUCUUUUCCCCAAUCUCUCCCGGAAGGGGACCCCUCGUUCACUGCCGAUUCCGGUCGUUCGCGCUCUGCAAAGUCCUUGUUACUACCAGAUCCUUCGCAAUUCCCCGACUCGCAUCCGUUUCGCCCACCCCAUCACCAUUUUGUUUCUCCACCUCCAGGCCUUUCUGAUUCUUCUUCGUCAACCCGAUCAUCGGGCUACACGAGUACAGGAAGUACACUCCUCUUAGGUGAUUUCGUUCACGUCGCGUCAGGGGACGAUGAAAGCGCCGCGGGAAGAAUAACGUCUGAUUCUGUCGUGCAGCUGCUCGGAAGCGACGCAGUUCUACCUACAGGUUCACCAGGAGUACAUUCUCGUGCUCCUAUAGUACCUGUGGAGCGUUCAACAAGAUGGUCUGAGGGCAGUUUUAGGUCCCGUUCCUCCUCUCUUGGCAACAACAUUUCCUCCCACAACCACGACCAUUUCGUUCCCAGGCUGCACGAGAAGCCUAGUUACGACAUGGGUUGGCACACCUUCGACGAAAGAGAUGAAGUGGGCAUGAGCGAGGAAGACACAGAUGAUGAUCAGGCCCUUGACGACGAAUAUGACGAUGAUGACAAGGAAGAAAGGACCUCGGCUGCUGUAAUUGCUGAUGAAGGUCGUGGAUUGAUUGUCCAUGGCGAUAACGUCCCUCUUGCGCAGUUAUCGGUCCAACCAGGGACUACCCAUCUUCUCGUUGGAUCAUCUGCUAACCCGAACGCUAUGCCUGCUUUUCUGACCAACAAUAUCCCCCAAAUCUAUAACUCCCUUUUGGCCCUGGAUAUCUCAGCCAACUUUCUCGGUGCUUUGCCUCCAGUUCUCGCGCUGUGUGCAAGUCUUGAAGAACUUAAUAUUGCAUCCAAUCCACUACGUGUUUUGCCGGUCUUUCUAGCAGAUUUGUUAAAUCUUCGUGUCCUCAUCGCCGAUUCAACUGGGAUAAGUACCCUUCCAGAAACACUUGGCGAUCUCGAUAAACUGCAUACCAUCAGCGUCCGCAGGAAUAAGAUGCAUGCACUUCCUAGUUGGCUUUGUCUGUUGCCAGCAUUGCAGACUCUCUGUGUCGACGGAAACCCUUUCCAAGGCCCAUGGAAAGCCCUUGUCGAACCGUUGCUGGCGAAGACACCGAGGACGCCCGUAUACCCGCUUUCUACUCCGGUGUUUCCAUUAUCGUCAGCCAGCACCCAGAGUGGUACAGAAACAGAUGGCACAGAUGGUGAUGACUUCUCUGGUCCACCCAGCGCCGUCUCACCGGCACCCUUUACUUUGUCUCUGGAGGAUGAGGAACAGACUAUCAUUCCUGCCAAAGCACCCUUCUUGGCUCACGCCAAUUCAGUCUCUUUGCCCACCAUCUCGGAUGAUUCUCAGCGGCCUUUGGUGAGAACGCGGACAACACCCAAUCGUUCUUUUUACAGCCAAAAUCGAGCCAGAAGUACAGGUCCCGCGUUGGAAGAAUCCCCGCAUACUGAGCCGCCUGAGCAGUCAGAUGAUGCAGGCUACUUUGGUGAUCAUGAAAUACGGAAGAUGAAAAGCGCAGGGGACCUCCGCAGGGGGGCAUCCGCUACCCCUUCAUUUAAUCCAGAACUCCCUGUGAAUACGUUAACAAGGCCACCCUUGACUCAUUACGCUACAUCGGUAUCAAGUAACAACCUCUUGGCGAAGCCCGACCCUUCCGAACGUCCCAUUACGAAGCGCUUUGCUAGUCUUGGAGCUUCAACAGCCCUAGGAAGUCCCCCACGAAGCGCAUCGCAUGGCUCGAGACCCGCUCUUACUGCAUCACUCUGGGACAAUAUUUCAGAGGGCGAUGACCAACCUUAUGACCCACAUAAUCGGGUGUCUUUUGUCCCGGAUGGCACGUCGUCACCCAAACUCGCAGGCGACGACCUGAAUAGUAAAGCCACUGUUAGACUGCGCCCUCCCAAAGAUAGCAAGGAGAAAGGGAGUCGAUGGGGGUUCUUGAAGAAAAUGUCGAUGGGGAAAAUGAAGAUCGAUUCUCCAUCACGACCCCUCACCGCACAUUCCAUUUCCGGAGUAACGCCUAGGCCUUCCAACGGCAUGCAGCCCUUAUUCCAUCGCACGAGCAAAUCCCCUCAAAUUGAUGUGCGGUUUUCAACGACGGGCAAUCUGGAUGCUUUCACCCCUCCGUCCAUAUCGACAUCCUCCCCGCCUUCUGAACGUCCCUCCCACGAGUUACCAUCAACGAGCCAAUUAGCGCCGCCUUCUUUGGCGUCCUCGUCAACCCUUCUGGUGCCGUCUUCCCCCGCCCCACGAUCUGGCAAGCGCCGAAGCUUCCUUCCAUUCGACACUCCGAUUUCCCUCACUAUUCCAGAGCCGUCAUCAUUCAUUCCCGGUGUGACAGCAACAAACGACGACGAUCCGGAAACUCGGAUAAGGUCCCCUAGUCCUGUCAUAGAUCACGAGAAGCUUCUGCGGCGCGAAGAAGAAAGAGCACGGGAGGCGUACAUGAGGGCCCUCCGUUCAGUCAUGGCGUAUCUGAAAGACAUGAAUGAUCUGGGAACUGUACAGCAACCUGUGACGAUGAAUAUCCCAGGCUCCGAAGAGAUCACCCUUCGGCCACGACGCCCUACUAUCGUGGAAAAUGGCCGGGAGGUUUCGACGGCGCUAAGUGGGGCCACGGUUGUCUCAUCAGAUUCGGGCCAGCUGCGCUCAAGCGAAUCGAUAGCAGGGAUGCGAAGUGGGGGUGCAGCACAAACGCUAAGUGUGGCAACAACAGAUAGCGGGUCAUCCGAAGAACGUGUAUACAAGGAUGACAAAGGCAAACGAGCGAUGGUCAUUCGUGAGAUUGUCGCCACGGAACGAACAUAUGUGAAGGGACUGCAGGAGCUUAUGGAUAUCUACAUCAAGCCGGGCUGUGCCCCCGUCAAUAUGCUCACUGGCAGCUCUGGCAAGGAGACAGUCGUUCCCCCUUCCGAGCGAAAAGUUGUCUUCAAUGGAGUGGACGCGUUGUUCUCUUUCCACAAAGAAAGCUUUUUACCGUCACUAGAAGUCGCUGCAGCGCCUCUCAUGAAACCAAAAGCGGAUCAGGAUGCGGACAUUGAAGGACAACUUUCGUUGAAUGUGGCGAAGGCUGUUGGUAAUAUUUUCGUCAAGCAUGCUGCCUUCAUGAAAAUGUAUUCAAGUUAUAUCAACAACUUUGAUCACUCUGUUCAACGUGUCAAAUACUGGACAUCAGACCGUAACACUUCUGGGAGCUCCAGCCCUGGGUCAACGAUGUCACCAUCGUCAAGUACAGCCCAGCUGGUUGGUCUUGGCUUGACAAUGUCUGCUGUUUCAUCCCCGACUGUCGUGGAAAGCAGUUCGGGUCCAGCUGGCUUGCCAAAUCUUUCUAGUAGUCAACGAAAACGAAUACGAGCUUAUCUGAAGAGAUGCCGGAUGAGUCCACGACAUUCACAGCUGAACUUGGAAGGAUAUCUUCUCCUUCCAGUGCAACGUAUACCUCGGUAUCGGUUGCUUCUAGAAGAAUUACUUCGAAGCACGCCGCCUAGCUACGACUUUAUGGAAGAUCCCCUGGAUCGCGCCUUAUCCGAAAUAUCCCUUCUAGCUAAUAACAUGAAUGAAGGCAAACGCGAGUCCGAGUCGAGACGAAAGUUGGUACAAUGGCAGGCAAGAAUACGAGGCAAAUUUCCCAGUCCAUUGGUACAACCGCAUCGGCGACUUAUAAUGGACGGUCCACUAUUAUUGACGCGGGUUGUUCGGAAAGCCGUCGUGUCCUUUGAAGCUAUAAAUUCGCAAGGAGACGCCUCUACUGUUCAAGUCGAUUGUCUAGCGCCUGAGUUAACUCCAAGGCCUCUUGUUGGCAUCCUCUGUAAUGAUCUCUUGGUUCUCUGUCGAGAUCCUUCCGAUGGACAAGACCCUUCGUCUUCUGUUGAUCUCUGGGCAGUCCUAAGGAUGCAAACAUUGCCGCAACCUGCUAGUAUUGUCCACGGAAACGCUCUCCGGCUGGUUGAUAACAAAGCGAUACUAUACUUCGAUGCCCCAUCGUCAUCCGAUGCAUUGAACUGGUAUCGAGCAAUUAACCUCCAUAUCCCCGCCUCCAAAACAUAGACAGGUCAUAUGGUACCUACCUACCUUUGAUAUCUCUUUUCUAUACAUAAUUGCAUAUCAUCGUUAACAUAGGCUCUGCUGUUCAUUCACAUCUCAAAUGACUUUUUCCAUACUAUUCAAUAGCCUGAUGAUCGACUUUAUUAUCCAUUCCUGCUCAGUAUUGCAACUCAUCGUUCUACACUAUUUUAAUCCAACUUAGCAUCUGCUCUUGUAAAAUCAAUUGGAAAAUACAUUGUGGAGGGAUGUAAUGCACAGAUUAUAUAUAUAUGCUUUUAAGAACAC